UACUCAUAGUUAAAGUAAAAAAAAAUCGAAAAACCAUGUACAGUUCAACUGAGAUUAAGGAGUUGAGAACUCGCAACUACUGGCAAAAAAGAGAACUACAGAGGGUUGCAUGUACAAUCGGCCUCAACCUGAACACCAAAACGAAACUCAAAGGAUGGUGGCGGAUUAUCACUGUUUUCUUCAUAGCAACCAGUUGUGUGGCUUUGUAUCCGCACUUGUUAAUGAUAAAACAUGCACAAGGCGAUAUACCUUUGAUAGCUGAGACUUCAACUACAGCGCUGCAAACAACGACUGCUUUAAUUAAAAUGGCUUAUAUGAUGCUCACUCAGCAUAAAUUUCGCAAACUGCUUCAAAAAGUUGAAACACACGAACUGCUACAGGAUAUCGAAAUUUUUAAAACAGAUAUGCCAAUCAAAGCGAGUCUGAAGAAAGAGAUCAUUGCAAUUAUGGAUAACAAUUGGAAAGAGAUGAGAGGACAGCUCCUUUUCAAUGUAGGAACGUGCGUCGGCGUUCUGUGCAACUACUUCUUCUACGCUCUUUUCAAAAACUUGUAUCAUCACUUGCAAGGCACACCAAAUUAUGUGCACAUUUUGCCUUUCACUGGCUAUCCGAUGUUUCUAGAUAAAGGAAUGGACUCCCCAUAUUACGUAUUAGACAUGUUUGUCGGGGCAUGUUCUCUUAUCGCCGCCGGUAUGGGUGCUGUUAGCUUUCAGGGUUCUUUUUUGGCGCUCUGUAAGCAUUCCUGCGGAUUGGUCCAGGUGUUAUGUCUACUACUGUUGAGGUCCACGUCCCCACUGGUUCCGAAACAGCAACGUGUAAAAUAUCUGCAUUACUGCAUAGUUCAACAUCAGCGAACUCUUGAGUAUAUCAACGAAGUCAAUCAGCUUUUCAAGCAUAUUUUGCUUUCACAAUUUGUUCAUGGUCUGGUUAUUUACGGUUUCGUACUCUUCGAGAUGAAUUACGGAUUGGAAUCAGAUAAAGUCACGUUUAUUCGCAUGAUAAUGUAUUUAGCUGCGGCUCUAACUGGAGAUUGCAUGCAUUAUGUCAACGGACAGUUUUUGGUUAACGAGCUUGAAAAUAUUCCACUAGCAUGUUAUAGUUGUGAUUGGUGCCAUGAAACUGAUGAGUUUAAGAUGAUACUGAAAAUGAUCAUUAUGCGUUCUAAUAAAACGUUCUGUCUCGAAAUAUCUUGGUUCGCUGUAAUGUCCUUAGCUACAUUGAUGGGCGUAUUCAAAGCUAGUGGAUCAUAUUUUGUACUACUUCGAGAUAUGAACGAGUCCUAAGUGAUGCAGUAGAGUUGUAUCCGGAAGAUCAAUACUACUUCUUGAUAAUUACAAACACUUGUAUCUGUAGACCAUGCAGUAAAAUGUAUUUAAAUAAAAAAACCAGUCUUUUUGACUUUAUUAUACUAUACGGCUCCUGGGGAGGA